UUAAAUGUUUUAUCGUAAUUAUAAUUAUCGUGUAAAAAAAAUAUUGCGCGCACUUCAUCUGUCCGCGCAUAUGUAGAAAUCUGUCAAAACGACCCAUUCCAUCCCUUGAGACAGAUUCUUUUGGUCUCGAAAUUUUGAACAGCCGUUUCCUUAUCAGAUUCAAUUGCUUUCAAGUAUCAUAUUAAUUGAGUUCAGAUAGAUAUGGAAUUGAAGGGAAAUGUCAUCAAACGAUCUCGUAAUGGUUGUGCAAGUUGUAAACGAUUACGUAUAAAGUGUGAUGAAGGUAAACCAAAAUGUGAAUAUUGUACUCAUACUGAUAGAGAAUGUGUAUAUCCUACUCCAAAGAUCUUACCCCCAUCAUCCAUUCGUAAGAAAAGACCCUAUAGAAGGCAUAUUAAACCAUAUGAUGAAGUUGAUGAAGAUGAAGAAUUGGAUGAUUUAUCAUUGAUGAUGGCUAAUGCCAUGGUUUUAGAAGAUCAACCACCAUCGCCUGUUGAUUUAGAGUAUCACUUAUUAAAGGAGGAGGCCCUGUUAAAUCAAUUCACUACACAAUUAUCCAUCUCCAAAUUCGAAUUACGAUUACUCAGCUUUUUUAAUAAUUAUUGUAUCAACUUAUUCUCAUUUGGACAUAAUCCUGAAAUUCAUGAUGUAUGGUCUAAUAAAGUUCCUCAAUUAUUCAUGAGUAGUGAAUUGGUUCGAAAUAGUAUUUAUUCAUUUGCUUCAGUUAAUUUAUUUAAAUUAUGUGAUUUAGAAAAUCUUCGAAUUCAAGAUGAAAUCGAUAGUGAUGUCAAAUUUGAAAAAGAAUUGUCCUAUGAUUCAAUGUCAUUUAUAAAGAAAUCAAGUGUUGAACAACAAACUAAUCUCUAUAUUAAAACCACCAAUUAUUUCAUGAAUACUAUAUCCCGAAAAAAUCAAUUAAUAUCUCAAUUUUAUGGUCCCGUUAUAAUGGAUGGUGAUGUAGCAAAGGAAUUAUUAGUAUCGUCAAUUUUAAUCUUUGCAUUUUUAGGAAUUCAUCCUCAUAAAUUAUUACCUUUAAUCAGUUUCCGUGAUGAUGAAUCUGAUUUCUUAUCUGUAUGUAAAGGAAUAAGAGAAACCAUUAUAUCUUGUUCUCCUGUUAUACGACAAACCUCAUUCCAAGGUUUAUUAAGUUAUCAAAAGACUCAAACGCGACAAUCACCAUUCUCGAAAGAUAGUACAUACCCAGUAGUAGUCUACUUUAGAAAAGAUCUCGAUGAAGCUUACUUUGAUGAUCCCACAAAUAACGAAUACAAUGGUAUAAUUGAUGCAUUGGAUGUAUUACAAGAAUGUAUUUUUAAAGUUCAAAAAUUCAAAUAUCAUGUUCCCUUAUACAUUUGGAUCAUUUCAUUACCGUAUUCAUUUCAUGAUUUAGUAUAUACCAAGAACUUACAUGCAUUGAGAUUAUUGUAUAUAUUCUCAUCAUUAUGUAUCAUGGGACGAUUUCAUAUGUUUAAUGCCUCGAAUAUAUGGAUUGAUUAUAUGUUUUGGUAUAGACGAUAUAAUAUUGAAUUAUUUGAUGGUUGGAAAUUUGAAAUGGAUGAAAAUCUCUUCACAUUGGCAUUUAUUAAGAAUUAUCGAUUUUCAAAUGUUAAUUUGAAUUUAAAUGGUGUUACCAUGGUUAAUUUUGAUCCAAAUUUGAUUGCCGCCGUAAUAUAAAGAAACAAAAAGGGUAAUAUAAAGAUACAAUAAAUAUUGAUUAAGUUUAUAUAUAUGUAUAUAUAUAUAUAUAGCUACAUACAAUUACGAUAGGAAUAAAUUUGGGUUUUUUUGGGGGGUACCUUGGAAAUCAAACUAAUUAACUAACUGGCAACGUUUAAACGAUCAGCUUCUUCAACAACUUUUUGUCUUCUUUCUUUUCUAAUCUUUUCAGUUCUUCUUUUAUCAUCAUGUAAAUGUUUAUGAUCCAUAUAAUCAUUAACAUAAUCUUUAUAAGUAGAUUCAUGUAAUAAAUGUUCAUCAAUUUCAAAUCCUCCAUGAUUUCCAAAUUCGGAAUCUGAAUCUUUUAAUACAUCUCUUAUACUUUCAUUACU